AUGACUUCUGAAAGUCCUCUGAUCCACUUGCCGGAGGUCGCGAUGCGCCAUAUUUUGGAAAAAUGCGAUUUUCAGGCGGUCCAAUCCCUGCGCAAGACCUCUCCAAUUCUUCGCAGAUUCAUCACGGAAAACCCACCAAAAUCUAUCAUCUCAAAACUUUUCUUGGGUGUCCACAACAAGACAAUCUCCCUAAAAGUGGCCUACAAGGGCGCCAACUCCGUCGACGACGACAGUCAACUCCACGUGGAGUAUCGACAUUGCAAACACGGGUGCACGGUGCAUCUGGUGAAGUCGUUGACGGAAAAGACUGAAAAAGUGCUCCUCGGUGAGAGCUAUGUGGAAGUAUUCAACGGCGACUUCAUCUCGCUUUUCGGCUAUCACGGAGGCGAGAGCCUCGAUCAAUUGUUUGUGGACUCCGGAGAGGGUCAAACAUUGUCAAUGAUUACUGAGAAAAUUAUGAAUAAGAUCGCGGAGAAGCUCACACCGGCGUUGAAAGUUAAGAAAGUGCAUAUAAUCUCUUCUGAUGAGGAGAAAAUCUUGAAAAUGCUUGAUAAACUCGAGCCGGAUUACUUGGAGGAGCUGAUUCUGGAGUCACGAACGGUAACGUACAAUGUGAAGUGGAACAAGAUCGCGGAGCGGUUGAACGAAAAGUGCUGGAAGAAUCUGAAGACUUUGGAGGCUGCAGGGGUGUUGGAUGUCAAAAUUGAAGAAUUUUUUCACUUUAAUCAACUGAAAAUGUCAUCGUUACAUGGGAUGAUUGACAUCAUUCAGCUGGAGAAUUACUUCAAACAAGAUUAUGCCAAGCGAAACAAAAACUUCAGCAUGAUCUACCCCCUGUUGGCUCGCCCUAUAGGUCGGACCCAACGAGAGCGAGGAAAGGGUAUUGCAUGCUGGCGGACCCUCGCCUCAUCCUACUCAUUGAAUACUAUUUUGACCGUGUCGAUAUGA